AUCUCGUAUAAAAUAAAUCGUGGUGAUUGGUCUUCCGACGUCCUCGUCAAUUACAUUAAAAUAUGAAACAAAAAGCAAUAAUAUAAUAGUCUUAAAGAAAACGACCUAAAGGCUGAAAUCUUAUAUCCAUAAUAAGGUUCCUAAACUUAAGCUGAAAUUAUGGUUUUCGAAAUAAUUAAUUACUUUACUAAUACAAAUGCGAAUUUGUAAUUUAUGUAGAAGUGGUUUUCGUCAUGAUUGACAUUCAUAUAAACAAAUUAAAACUGAAAAAAAUGAUAAUCCGAAAUAAAACUCUAAUUAAAUUAUUUUUUCUCUUAAUUUUUUGUACAAUUAUUCUGUACGUGAGCAAGUAUAAUUUUAAUAAUAGAUAUGAAUUUGUGAGAGGUAAAGACCUUUUAGAACAAGCAAUCCAAGCAGCUAAAUUGGGUGGAAUUCAAGUUGAAGCGAUCCAUAAUGAACAUUUGAUUAAUUCCCAAUCAAAAGGAAAAACUGUCGAAGGUGCAAAUGAUCCAGUCACUAACGCUGAUUAUACUUCUCAUUGUGCUAUGUAUUAUCAGUUGAAAAAAAAUAUACCAAAUGUUAAAGUGAUAUCAGAAGAAGAAUUAUCCGAAAAAGAAUGCAAAAAGUUAAAUAUAAGAAAAUUAAAAGAUUAUGAUAACGAACAUAUAACAAAUAUUGAAGAAGAAUUUGAGAGGAAAUAUAUAACCAUAUGGAUAGAUCCAUUAGAUGCAACACAAGAAUUCACCGAAAGCUUGACACAAUAUGUAACAACUAUGGUCUGUGUGGCUUAUAAAGGUAAACCUAUUAUGGGUGUUAUACACGAACCGUUUUCGUCUAAAACAACAUGGGCUUGGUUAUCAAGAUCAAGAUCAAAUAAUUUCAAUAAUAUUAAAGUUCCUAAAAAAAGAUCAAUUAUUAUUUCAAGAUCACACAAAGGUGAUGUAAUGGGUCUAUUAAAUCAACGGUUAUAUGGUUUACCAGUUGUAACAGCCGGAGGUGCAGGAUUCAAAGUAUUACAGGUUUUGUUUGGAAAUUCGUCGGCUUAUAUACAUACAACUAACAUAAAAAAAUGGGAUAUAUGUGCUGGACAUGCUAUACUCAAAAGUAUAGGAGGUGAUAUGACAUCGUUGGAAAAUGAAGAUAUUACAUAUGAAAAGUAUACAAGUAUGAUGCAUGUUGGAGGAAUAUUAGCUACUGCACGUGAUCAUUUGUACUAUAUAAAUGCUCUAAAAAAUGGAAGAAGUGAUUAAAAUAUUAAAUAAUAAGUUUGUACAUUUAUUUCCCUCGAAUGUAAAAUUUAAAGACAAUAAAGUUACAACUUUCAUUCAUUGAAAUAUAUCAUAUAAUUUAGAUUACUUUUGAUUUGUGUUUAAAAGUACAUUUUUGUAAUUUGAAUAUAAGUAUGAUUUUUUUUCAUUUAGAUUAACUGAUGUUAUGUUAUCUUAUGCGGUCAUUCAAAAACCAUUACAACAUUAAUUGUUAUUUACGAUUUAAAAGUGUUCUGCAUAAGCCAAGAUAUUUCCUAAGUAAUAAAUUAAACAAUCAUAUUGAUAGAAUCAUAUAUUAAGGGUUCAAAUAAUAUUAUGUAAUUAAUAACUAUUUUGUUAAGUAUGGUUUUCCUCAAUUUAGAUAACAUAUAUAUUAAAUACUCAUUAAUUGUAGAUGGGUACAUUAAUUAUGGCAGGUAGAUUUUAAAGAUUUAAAAGAUAUAAGAUAAAAAGUUUUGUUUCUAUCAUUAUAUAUAUUCUGAGUUUCUGUCUUAAACUCUAGUCAUGACUGCUCUCCACAAGUACUUCAAAAAUUGUGACAGCACUUUGUAGACCAUAUAUUAGUAUAAAAUUGUGUAUAAGCUGCUUUACUCAUAAUGCAUACUCACACACACAAUUAAAUGGGGGAUCGCCGUUUUCUACCAAAAACAUGCCCUUCCCUUUUCAGCCGAUUUACUUAUCAGCCAAAACAAAAAGAUAAUUAAUAAUUAUUAAUAUUAUACACUUAAGGACUUUACUUUAUUCUUAUAGAAAAUUACUAAAAAUAUUUAAGUUGUAUAAAAUGUGUCAAAUAUAUAAAUAAAUAUUAAUAGUCUGUUAUAAUAAUAAAGAAUUGUUGUCACAAUUAUUAAAUAUUAAAAUAGUA